UAUCUCUGUUCGGUGCUCUGCUCUCAAUUCACACCCGUAAACCCUCCUAACCCUUUUUAAUUCUCCUCGUUUUUUCGAACAAUAAAUAAAAAUUAAAUUAAAAAAUAAACUAGAAACUCUCUAAAACUUAUUAAACAAGAAAAAACCAAAACCACCCCAGUGCGAGGUCGCCUGGCGUCGAAAACCACGACGAAAACGUCAUCUUUUCCAAGAAAAAUUAAUCCCAACAAAAAAAUUAAUUAAUUAAUAAAGCACGAGCGAGAACAAAAUCCGCGAAUAACAAAAAUAAUCAGUUUAAUUUAAAUAAAUCAGUGAAUAAAUUCGUUGAAGAGAUAAAACGAAAUUUUGAAGUAGAAAAAGUAAAACAGAAUAAGUGGAAAAGAAGAAAUCUGGUGGUGCAUGAUCUGACCCUACACCUCCCCGAGCCCAAGGAGAUCCCUACAGUCAACAUUGUAUAGGUUAUGGAUUUGGAUGAUAAACCCAUGAUGAACGACGAUCCGAAUAUUACCCUCACCAUCAGGCUUAUCAUGCAAGGAAAGGAAGUAGGAAGUAUAAUUGGUAAAAAAGGAGAGAUUGUAAAACGUUUUCGUGAAGAAUCAGGUGCCAAAAUUAACAUAUCGGACGGAUCAUGUCCAGAACGUAUUGUAACAGUAACCGGAUCAACCAGCGCUAUAUUUAAAGCUUUUACCUUGAUCUGCAAGAAGUUUGAAGAGUGGUGUUCCCAGUUCCAGGAUAUAAAUAGUGGUAGUAGUGGAGUUCCCCGACCACCAAUUACUCUCCGACUCAUCGUGCCGGCUUCUCAAUGCGGUUCAUUAAUCGGGAAAGGUGGUUCAAAAAUCAAGGAAAUUCGUGAAGUAACUGGAGCCUCGAUUCAAGUCGCCUCGGAAAUGCUUCCAAACUCAACGGAACGUGCAGUCACCAUAUCAGGAACUGGUGAAGCAAUCACGCAAUGCAUUUUCCACAUUUGCAAUGUCAUGCUUGAGUCCCCUCCUAAAGGAGCUACCAUCCCUUAUCGCCCUAAACCCCAAGUUGGCGGCCCUGUGAUCCUGGCCGGGGGACAGGCCUAUACCAUCCAAGGCAACUACGCCGUUCCCGCCCACGCUGACGUAAGUACCCAUGUAUCCCAUCACCAGCCCAUGUACGCCCCACACGGCUUGCCCCUCGGCCAUCCGCUGGCCGCGGCCGUCGCGCCCGCUCAGGCGCCUGCCGCCCUUGUGUCACUCGAGCCGCUCAACAAGAAUGGACACUUGCAGGCCGCCUUACCGCCCGCGCAUCUCAUUGCCCACGACAUGAGUGCUUUAGGUAAAAGCCCAUUAGCUGGACUCGCAGCCCUUGGUUUAGGAGGACUUGCACCUUCAAAUACUGGCGGUUUAAAUCCAGCAGCUUUGGCCGCAUUAGCUGGAUCUCAACUUCGUACUUCAAACACACGCAAUCAACAAAACUCAAAUCAACAAACACACGAGAUGACGGUGCCGAACGAGUUGAUUGGUUGUAUAAUUGGAAAAGGUGGUACGAAAAUCGCGGAGAUUAGACAGAUUUCGGGAGCGAUGAUCAGAAUUUCGAACUGCGACGAUCGGGAGAGUGGCGUUACGGAUCGUACGAUUACCAUUUCGGGAAAUCCGGAUUCGGUUGCGCUCGCUCAGUACCUAAUCAACAUGAGCGUUGAGUUGCAGAAGGCAAACCUGGAGGCACAGAGUACGCCCUCCGCAACGGGAGGGGGCACCGGCCAAUCGGCACAGACAGCGACAACGGCCGCUUCGCCACUCGCGAGCGCAAUUCCGCUAGCUCAAUUAUUAACAAAACCUGGGGCUCUUAAUGCUUUGACUAGUUUGAGUGCCCUUGGUGGGUUAACUGAGUUGUUGGCGGGAGGUGGGGGGCAAUCAGUUACCUCCGCUCCACCCGUUCAAACGACGGGGGUUCACCGGUCUCAUAAACCGUACGCGCAAACGUCAACACGUUUACGUUCGCCGGGUGGGGGCGGAGGCCCUACCGAUGGGGCUGGAAAACUCAAGAACGAAAGGAACAAGUUUAAUCCUUACUAAUAAUAAAAAAAAAAUAAUUAAUUUUUGGACCAGAGAUGACUGUUGCAACCCAAAUAAAAAACAUAAACAUUGAUAAUAAUAAAGUUAUUAAGUAAAAUUAAGAAGUAAGACACAAUUAAUUAAUCGAUUAAUGGGUUGCGAUAGAUUUAUAUUCUUUAGUUUUAAUGUUAGGUUGGACGAAUUGUGUUAAUUUUCGUUAAAAAAUUCUUCUUUGACUACAUAGAUUUAAGUAACAGGUCUAUUUUGACGUUUAUCGUGUUUUACAUAUUAUUAAUUAAGUACUACUUUUUAUUUUUCUUUUGCUUAAUUUUCGCCGGUCGUUAUAAGAAGCAUUCAUUAAACACAGAAAUCCUAAUAAAAUAUUUUCUGGUGCCAUCUUUGGAGAAAUAUUGAAACUUUGUACGUUUAAAAUUACCUUAAACAUUUUUUUAUUAAUUUAAAUUUAAUCAUGUGUUAAAUUUGAUUUUGACGACUUAUAUUGGUUGUAUGAGUUACGCCCGGCAUUUCGUCUCUUUAUUUUGAUUUAUAUAAAAGGAAUAAUGUAGAGUUUACAUAAUUAUAAGGUAAUAAUACUGUAAUUAAGUAGUUUUAUACAAAAAAAAAUUGAAAUGAUUCGGCAUAAAAACAGCUUUUUGUAGGGAAACAUAUCAGCUACAAAAAGUAGUUUUCUUUUUCAGCGUUAGCGCAAAAAACCUUUUACAUUUAUAGUUAAUCAGUUAAGUUUAAUUCAAUUAAGUCGAUUAACUAUAUCUCUAUAAAUUAAUCGUGUUUUAUAUAAAUUACGUACGAAUACAAUUUAUUAAUUAAGAGGAACCACAAUUUUAGAUGUACUUUGUUGGAAUCAAUAAUUCGAUUAAUACAUUAUACUCUAUGUAAAAAAUUC